CCUAGGAGCCUUGCGGGGUUGGACUUUGUGGUGCCGUCAUGGGGGUUGAAUCCGAAUUAGUAGAAAGAGAAAGAGAUGGUUACGAAGAAUCGGCAUCGUGUCCGACGCCUUGAAACGGCGUUCUUGUUCUAUUCAAUACCGAUGAGCUCAGGAGGACCUCUCGGUUGUUUGUUGUGCUCUUCCGUGAUGGUUCACUUUGUAUACCCCACCGACCGACGUGCUUUAUUCAUCGUGAGCCUCGUGCUUUCGCUCAUAUGGAAACCUUGCACUAUUUCAACGUGGAAUAUUUCAGCAGUCCAUGCGUGCUGCAACGAGAUUAUCAAUUGCCCCAGAAACACUUUGCGAAUUUCAUACUCCGUCCACUUAUUGCGUCGUAACGCGUCAGCAAAGGAAAACAAAAAGGGCCACCGGGGCGCCUUGGUCCAGCACCCAUCCCACAUGUACGCACCGACCCGUGCCGUGUCUAGGUCCUUUUGCUUCUAGAUCCUGUCUCAGACGCGUCAAAGAUAGAACGAGAAUUUUUUUAGAUAAGGGCAUCUCGCAUCAGAUUGGGGGACGUCCACCGAUGGCGGUAAGACCCCCUUUUGGCAUUUGACGGUGGUUGGGGGAGGCGUUGACUUUGUGGCGUGUCGUUGUUUCUAUUGUGCUCCGAUGGAAUGGCGAGGACUGCACGUUCGAGACAAGCAGCGCACCGGGCCUUUGGGAGCGGCAUACAUGAGAGUAAUGCCUGCAUGGAGCUUGAACAAGAAAUUCUUAUCUUGCAACAGCUAUAUUCGUUAGAGGCUUUUGCCUUCGACCAGAGUUGCGAUUGUAAUGCCGAGGCGAGAGGGGAUGGGCGGUUCUAGCACCUUUGCUCGCGCAACGUCAUUCGCGC